AAAGAUACUUGGAAAAUGAAUUUAUUUUUAUGUAUGACAUUUUGCUGUUGUUUAAUGUAUCAAUGUUGUAGCACAGACAGUUAUGGAAAGUGAAAUUGUGGCGAACCUUCGUUAUGUAGUUCUGUUUGGAAUGGAGUAUCGUACGAAGUUACACAAGAUUUUUAUUGUGUUACGACGAGAACAGCUGUCAUUUUUGUAAUGACGGUUGUGGGCAGGAGCAGUUAUUUUGUUUCAAGAACGGACAGUUACUUUCGAGACGUUAGUUUAUUUUCCAGGUGCCAGUGGUUUGUGACUUACUGUGAUCGAUGUCAAGUACGCAGUUCUUAAAAUAAGGUGUGAUGUUUUUUAGUGAAGUGUUUAGUGUAGAAUGAAUGUUAUUGAGGUUAUGACGCUGAGAAGGCGCACGAAAUCAGUAAAACGAAAGAACAGCGAAAGACAGCAGUGCAUGUCUUGGAUAACACCCUGCAACCAGAGACAAGUGGUGUAAGAAAAGGCUCUUUAUUUAUGAAAGGAACGACAGCUGUUUAAGCACUACAAUGGACUGUAUACAAGAUGAAGAUCGCAAACGACGACUGCGUCAGUUGGAAGAGGAGAUUCAAGAUCCUCGUAGUGUUGCAAAUGUUGACUGCUUGUUGGAUACAGUUCAGGCCUUAGUUUCGGACUGUGAUCACCCAGCUGUUAAACGAAUGAAAAAUAUAGAAGCAUAUAUGAAUAGAUAUGAUUCUGUGGCAGCCACUAUUUGUAGGUUACGUAUGAAGACAGAUGACUUUUCUCUUAUUAAAGUCAUUGGUAGAGGAGCCUUUGGUGAAGUCCAGUUGGUACGGCAUAGAUCUACUCAAAAAGUGUAUGCAAUGAAGCUAUUAAGCAAGUUUGAAAUGAUUAAACGGUCAGACUCGGCAUUCUUCUGGGAAGAACGCGAUAUAAUGGCCCAUGCUAACUCCGAAUGGAUAGUGCAGCUGCAUUUUGCAUUUCAAGAUGCUAAAUAUCUGUACAUGGUUAUGGAUUACAUGCCUGGUGGUGAUCUUGUUAACCUUAUGUCCAACUAUGAUGUGCCUGAAAAAUGGGCUAAAUUUUAUUGUGCUGAAGUUGUUUUAGCUUUAGAUGCCAUUCACUCAAUGGGUUUUGUUCAUAGAGAUGUGAAACCAGAUAAUAUGCUCCUGGACAAGCAUGGUCACCUCAAGUUAGCAGAUUUUGGUACUUGCAUGAGGAUGGAUGAUGAUGGUCUAGUGCGGUCAGAUACAGCCGUAGGUACUCCUGAUUACAUAUCACCAGAGGUGCUACAGUCCCAAGGUGGAGAAGGUGUAUAUGGUCGUGAGUGUGAUUGGUGGAGUGUGGGUGUCUUCCUUUAUGAAAUGUUAGUUGGAGACACUCCAUUUUAUGCUGAUAGCCUUGUUGGUACAUACAGCAAGAUCAUGGAUCAUCGCAAUUCACUUCAUUUUCCAACAGAUGUAGAAAUUAGUCAAGACGCUAAAGCCUUAAUUUGUGGCUUUCUCACGGACAGAACAAGGCGCCUAGGAAGAAAUGGAGUUGAAGAAAUAAAAUCUCAUCCAUUCUUCCAGAACGACCAGUGGACAUUUGAUAAUUUACGAGACUGUGUUCCACCAGUUGUUCCAGAACUAAUGGGUGAUGAUGAUACAAGUAAUUUUGAUGAUGUAGAUAAAGAUGAAAGUCCAGAAGAAAAUUUUGCUACACCAAAAACUUUUGCAGGAAACCAUUUGCCGUUUGUGGGUUUCACAUACUCAAGGGAUUAUCACCACAUCACAUCCAUGUCAACCAAUGAGAAGCAAUUUAUGUAUGUCAUCAAUAAAUCUGUACCAAACUUUGGGUUGGCAGGCCUGGCGAAGACAAUAUUGGAAUCUGCUGAACAAGUUACUCAGUUGGAGGCAGAACUAGAAAACCAGCGUUCUCUUGUGAAGUGUCUUGAAGCUAAACACGCAUCUGUGUACAUACAACUGGAAGAAGUGAAUCAGAGGAAAGCAGAAAUAGAAGAGAUGAAUGAUCAGUUGGAGAAGAGGAUAACCCUCCAUAAACAGGAAAUCAAAGAGUUGCUGCGGAAAGCUGAGGCAGAAGCUGAUAUCCGGAGAAAGACUGAAGUGGUUCUCCAGGAAAUGAAACGAAAAUUGGAAGAUGAGCAGAAUAAACGAACAAGAGAAAUGAACAAUAAUCAACAAACUAAUGACAAGAUAAAUGUCUUAGAAAAACAGUUGACAGACAUGCAGGAAAGCAAUACUCGUCUCCGGAAGCAGGUUGCAGAGUUGACAUUAGCAAAAUCUACAGCAGAACAGGUGCAAGGUGAAUUGCAGAGCAAGUUAACAUCUCUACAGUUGCAAAGAGAGAAUCUACAGCAAGAGGUUGCAACUCUUGAAGGACAGCUAUCACAGGAAAGAAGUUCUCGUUGCCAGGCUUCUGACUUGCAGCAGGAAUUGGAAGGUCGUCUGCAGUCAAUGCAUGGUGAACUUGAACGAGCUCAGCAGAGAGAGAAUAAACUCACAGAUGACAAUCGUCAAAUGGUUGAAAAAAUCUCAAGCCUGGAGAAGGAAUGUGCAUCCUUGGAAUUAGAACUUAAAGCAGCUCAGAACCGGUAUCAACAAGAAGUUAGAGCACAUGAAGAAACAGAGCGAAGUCGUCUUCUGAGCAAAGAGGAAGCAAACAUAGAAGUCGUCAAAGCUUUACAGGCAAAGCUGAAUGAAGAAAAAAGUGCUCGGCAGAAGGCAGAUUUACAGUGGCAGGAGAAGGAACGCCAGAUGUCUAUGCUUUCUGUUGACUACAGACAGAUCCAGCAGAGGUUACAGAAAUUGGAGGGAGAAUAUCGGCAGGAAGUUGAAAAGGUGAAAGCCCUGCAUGGACAAAUAGAACAGGAGCAGCAGAAGAAGAAUGUCUUGCAGACAGAACUUGGAGUGCAGGCAUCAGAAGUCGCUCACUUACGUGCAAGGGAAGCUCAGCUUAUUCGUGAAGUAACACAGUUAAGAGAGGGCAAAAAAUCUAUUGAAGAAGAGCUGCACAAAGUUAAAGCUGCUCGAUCUGUGGACGAUUUGCAGAUGAAGGAGUUGCAAGACCAACUUGAAGCAGAACAAUACUUCUCGACAUUAUACAAGACACAGGCACAGGAACUAAGGGAGGAGGUGGAUGAAAAACAGAGGUCAAUACAAGAGCUUGAGGAGGAGAGAGACUCAUUUUCUAGGCAGUUGCAAUUGGCUCUUGCUCGAGCUGACAGUGAAGCACUUGCUCGGUCGAUUGCUGAGGAGACAGUUGCUGAUCUAGAGAAAGAGAAGACUGUCAAAGAAUUGGAACAUAAAGAUCUGAUGUCAAAGCACCGAGCUGAACUUGCUAAUAAGGAAAUAGCCCUAAAUACGGCGAAGGAGAGGGAAAUGGACUAUAAGAAGACUGUUGACCAGUUAGUGAAAGAAAAAGAUGAAUUAAAUCAUCAGCUGAAGAUUAUGCAACAAGUUACAAAUGAGGCCAAUAAUAACAAUGAAGAACUGGAAAGGCUACACCGACAACUAAAAACAGAACAGCUACUGAAAAUGCAAGCUGUGAACAAAUUAGCAGAAAUAAUGAAUCGUAAAGAUAUGAGCAAUGCAGGUCGUGGUAAGAACAAAGUUUCGUCAGCAGAUCUUAGGAAGCGAGAGAAAGAAUGUCGGAAACUUCAACAGGAGCUCACACAGGAACGAGAUAAAUACAGCCAGAUGGUGGCAAAAUGGCAAAAGGAUAUGCAGGAGUUACAAGCUCAACUUCAGGAAGAAAAUACAUUGAAAAUCCGUCUGCAAAUGGAGCUUGAUUCCAAAGACUCCGAGAUAGAGCAGCUACAUGUUAAGCUAGCAUCUCUUAGCAGUGAAACUGCAUCAUUAAGUAGUGCUGACAAUGAUGAUGACUUAAUAGGCCAAGAGUCAAGGUUAGAAGGCUGGUUGUCUGUUCCUAACAAACAGAAUAUAAGGCGACACGGUUGGAAGAAACAGUAUGUUGUAGUGUCCUCAAAGAAAAUAAUAUUUUAUAAUUCGGAAAGUGAUAAGCAGAACACGGAUCCUGCACUUGUUCUUGAUCUUAAAAAAGUUUUCCACGUUCGUCCAGUAACACAGGGCGAUGUAAUUAGAGCAGAUGCCAAAGAUAUUCCACGAAUUUUUCAGCUACUUUACGCUGGGGAAGGGGAAGCUAGAAGACCAGAUGAGAGUGGUACGAAUCAGUUGGAGCUCUCUACACUGAGGGAUGAUAAGCCAGGGACCUAUUCUCUCAAAGGUCAUGAGUUUAUCCAGAUCUCGUUCCACAUGCCAACAAAUUGUGAAGUCUGUCAGAAGCCACUGUGGCACAUGUUUCGACCACCAGCUGCCUUGGAAUGCAGACGAUGUCACAUUAAGGUUCACAAAGAGCAUCUGGAGAAAAAGGAGGAUGCCAUUGCACCAUGUAAACUACAUUAUGAUCCAAAUUCUGCCAAAGAACUGUUAAUACUGGCUUCCAAUGUGGAAGACCAGAAACUUUGGAUUCAAAGACUUGGGAAGAAAAUACAAAAAUGUGGAUACAAGGCCAAUAGUGGAAUUGAUGGAGCCAAAAUUUCACCAAGAGAAUCAACACGUUCAUCACUUAAGCCAUAUAUACACCAACAGCAACGCUCUGCAACACUACCUGCAAAUGCAUCUGCUGUCGGAAAAUAAGUGUGAGCUGCUUUCAGAGGUGCAAGUGGCUGUUGAGACUGUGAUUGCUAGGAGGCUAUAAGUGCUGUGUAAAGAAAUAAUUUAUUUUUUAACAGUGGCCUAACCAAAGUUUUAUCUCUGAAUAUAGUUGUAACAUAUUAUUAGUAGUAAAAAAUAGCUUUAUAUUUUCUCUUUGAUUGAGCUUCACAAGUACAGCAAUUUUUAUUUGGAAGGGUUUUGUGAGGCUGUGGACAUUAUCAUUCUUAAGCAAAGAAACUGAAGCAGCAGAAGUGACCCAAUGUUUGUGAGGAAAGGGGAGAGGUUUUCUGUUGGCAGCUCAUGUUAGGUUGUAAAACAUUUGAAAUACUUGUUUUAUGAGUUUCCAAUUUUGGUGUGGUUAUGAUUUAGGAAAAAAAGGCUCUUAAUCAGCAUCUUGCCUGUCAGUUUCACAUCAUAGCCACUUCUGACCUGAUUUAGUAAGUGUACAAAUAUAAUUUUUAGUUAUACUUGUCAUGUUAGUUACAGUAAUACAACAGAAAAUGUGAGAACAGGUGUAACUCUCACAAAGAUUACAUUCAUGACUGAAUAUUGAAGCCAAAGUUUUGAUAAACAUUUUCGCAAGAUUUAGACACACAUAUUUACAUCACAUAAUGCUGUGACCUAGAAAUAUUGAAGUUUGCUCAUAAUCAUUUUUCUGACAUUUACAUUCCUUUUCUUUCCACUAGAAUGAUUCGUUGAUUUGUACUUCCAAAGAAAAGGACAAGAUUUCCCUUGCUCAUUUCACAUUGCAUCUGUGCCAAUUAAUUUAACUGUUACAAAAGUUUACAAAUUAUGUACCAUUAUAUAUGAAUGCCAAGUUUCAAUGAAACUUGUUAUUUUAUUUAUAUGUAUACAUAAAUAUGUGUAAGGCAGACUUCUGCGGUUAUGUACAUGUUUGUUGCUGUGUUCCAUUUUCACAUUGUUGAUUACAUGUGGAGAAUAUAUAUGGACUGUGCCUUUAUAUCAUGCAAAAGAAUAAACUUGUGGUACUAUUUAGAGUUCUAAGUUAAAGUAUUUAUGUUUUUCAUUUUUUAAAAGGAAUAACUUAUGUUAAGUUAUGCCAAAAUUGUGGAAUUACCAACUACAAUUUUAUUUAAUAUGUACCAUAAAACUACUCUUUUGUAUAUAUGACCAUAGUGCUAUUUGUAUAUGAAAAAUUAUGUAAGCAAUAAAUUUGGCCAAAAGUGGACGUAUUUUUAAAA